AUCCAUGCAAGCAGGAUGUCGUCAGGCUGCUGCUCCAGCUCAGUGUGUCUAUGUGAGGAAUCGCUGAUAAGAUCCGGAGCAGCGCAGGAGGAAACGAGCGACGACGAGGCUCCAGACACCAACAUGGACAUCGCACUUCUGAAACAGCAGUAUAACUCCAUCAAGGACAAGCAGAAGCGGGAAACCCGCGUGGUGUACUUUAAAAAAGCAGCAGCUAACAAUGAGGAGAUCUCCGGCAAAUCUCUGGUCAACGUGGUCCCCAUGCGGCAGGUCAGGCACUCCCUUAUGAGGCAGGCAUCUGUUCAGGACACCCGGUUUGAUUUUGUCAGAGACUCAGACAGCUCCCUCUGGCGCACUCACCUGGGAAUGUACCGGAGGACCUGCGCAGCCAUUGAUGCUAAACAACAGCAAAGCAAGGACAAGACCAGCACCGGAGACUCAGCAUCAGUGUCUGCAGGUAAUGGAGAUCACAGUGUGGAAAUGAAAGAUUCAAAUGAUCAGUUACCUGAAGACUGUGAAGGAGUCGAUGGGAACAGACAGCAGAAUGAUUAUGGCUUUGAGGAUUCCAGGAAGUUUUCUGCACCUGCAGUUUUGCUCAGGCAGCUGAGCAGUGGCAGCUCCUGGUCCACUCACUCCACAACAAGUGCACACCAUUACCCCUUCCCUCAGCACAAAAGUCCCAGGAAGUCUGAGGCUGCACGCAGACUCGGACUUUACUCCUCGUUCUAAUGAAUGAAUUUAACUGCAGAAAACAAGGGUUGUGCAAUACUGCUUGGAUACUUAUACCUUGAUCACGUGGAUUGUUGUAUUGGUAUGUAGAUACACCAGAAUGGCAUUGAUCUAUAAUAAAAGACUGCAUUUUGCCCUGCAGUGUUGUACUACUGGGGAUACAGCACUGCAAUCUGUCUAUUUACAUACAUGAAGUGCCUGAAAGUAUGUAUGGCAGAAAUGAACUGCCAAAAAAUAUGUUCAUGGUUGGGUUCAGCGUAGCUGCAUAACAACAUCAUGAUGCAUUCAGUAUGAUUAGUAGUUAUUUUUAUUCUAUAGUAUUUUCAGUAAUGUAGUAGUUGUCUAAAAAAAUGAGUCGAGCAUUUCUGUUCGUUCUGUGUGAUCUUCAUAUAAACAAACCGUUUCUAUGUUGAAUAUUCAUAGUGUUCUAAAAACAUCACUUUUUUUGGUGUAUACAUGAUUUGCUCUUCAGUUUCUCUCAAUGGUAAAGCAAUUGAGUAUGGUUAUACUGAAUGGGCUUCAUUUACCAGUUACCUUAGCACCCUAUAGUGGUUAUUCAUGAGAAAUCUUUACCGGUCUUUUCAUGCUCUAAUUGAUCAGGGUUUUCAAGGUUUUUUUUUUCCUCAAAGGAGAAUUUCUUAUUUUAGCCAGAUAACUUCAGCCCAAAGUUAACCCUGUCCAACAGAAGAAGAGCUAAGGCACAUCCCGGAACUUUGGACUUAAUGUAAGUUAAUCUGGCAAACUGAGAAAUAUCCUUACAGUCCUGACCAUCUACUGAAGAUUGUAAUUUAAUCGGACUGUUUGAGCAGGUAACUCGCCAAACGGUGCUGCUCUAUAGACUUUCAGGACCAGAGUUUGUUCUGACUUUAACACAUGUGGGUUUGUGGACACAAUGAAAUCACAAAUGAACAGAGGUGGGUAAUGUGGCCAAAACCUGUACUGAACUAAAGUAUUGUUACUUCAGUGAAAUAAUAAUCAAGUAGAAGUAAAAGAGCCUUGCAAACAACUUCAGAAAAAGUAUUUAAAAUUACUAGGUCACAAAAACUGCUGAGUUCCUUAUAGAACUGUAGAACUUGGUGCAUUAAUAUAGUGCAUAUGCUGAACCGACACAACAGAAUGAAACUAAACCCUAAAAAAAACCUACUAACUCAAUUUGAAUGGCUAGCUCUAAUUGGAUAGAAAGUAAUGUCCUCACAAAUACUGUAUAGUUGAGUAUCCAGUAAUAAAAAAAAUCUAAAUGCUCUAUCUAAAUCUAAAGUCCAAAUCCUUUAAAUGUACAUAACUGGUAAAAGCAACCAGUCACUACUCACCUCUGCACCUCAGAGUUACCAGGAAUAGCCUGUAAAACUAUACCUGCUAGUUUAGUCUUUUUAAAGGUAUUCAUUAAAAGCAGAUAUACACGGCUCAUUGGCCUUUGGCGUUGGAUUUCAAUAGUUAAUUCAACACAUUAUUAAGAUUAUAUUCACCCAGCUCCUUAAUGAAGUGCCUUGUCUUGAACUAAGAGCAGUGUUUUUCUCAUUUGUUCAACUGUACACACUGUCACACGUUCACAAAACAACACUAACUUUCUUUGCUGCAAAACAUAGUAUCUAUGAAACUAUAGGGGAAAACAAACGUGCAAAUACUGCAGCAAACCAUAAAUCCUACAUACAUUGUAAAGUGGGAAAAUGUUACAUAUUGUUCAGUUGUUUUGCCUGAUGUGAUUAUUAAAAAGUCUAUAUUUCAGAAA